CCUUCAGACGGCAUCCACAGCGUUACGGCUGUUUGCACCCUGCGCGUCACCAUCAUCACAGACGACAUGCUCACCAACAGCAUCACGGUGCGGCUGGAGAACAUGUCCCAGGAGAGGUUCCUUUCUCCUCUUCUCUCCCUGUUUGUCGAGGGGGUGGCAACAGUGCUCUCCACCACCAAGGACGGCAUCUUCGUUUUCAACAUCCAAAAUGACACGGAUGUCAGCUCCAAUAUCCUGAACGUGACCUUCUCAGCUCUGCUCCCUGGCGGCAUUCGCAACAAGUUCUUCCCCUCUGAGGACCUGCAGGAGCAGAUUUACCUCAAUAGGACGCUGCUGACCACAAUCUCCACGCAGAGGGUGCUGCCUUUCGAUGACAACAUCUGCUUGCGUGAGCCCUGUGAGAACUACAUGAAGUGUGUCUCAGUCCUCAAGUUCGACAGCUCGGCCCCAUUCAUCAGCUCCAAUACUGUCCUGUUCCGCCCCAUCCACCCCAUCAAUGGCCUGCGGUGCCGCUGCCCACCUGGCUUCACCGGCGAUUACUGCGAGACUGAGAUCGACCUGUGCUACUCCAACCCAUGCGGCAGCAACGGGCUGUGCCGCAGCCGAGAAGGGGGCUACACUUGCGAGUGCUACGAGGACUACACUGGAGAGUACUGCGAGGUGAACGCCCGCUCCGGCCGCUGUGCCCCAGGUGUGUGUAAGAAUGGAGGGACCUGCGUCAAUCUGCUGAUUGGGGGAUUCAAGUGCGAGUGCCCACCAGGAGAAUACGAGCGGCCCUACUGUGAGAUGACCACCAGGAGCUUCCCCCCACAGUCCUUCAUCACCUUCAAGGGGCUGCGGCAGCGCUUCCACUUCACCGUCUCCCUCAUGUUCGCAACCAGGGAGAGGAACGCUCUCCUCCUCUACAACGGGCGGUUCAACGAGAAGCACGACUUCAUUGCCUUGGAGAUCAUUGAAGAGCAGAUCCAGCUCACGUUCUCUGCAGGGGAGACGACCACAACGGUGGCACCAUUCGUUCCUGGAGGGGUCAGUGACGGGCAGUGGCACUCGGUCCAGGUGCAGUACUACAAUAAGCCCAACAUUGGGCGAUUAGGAAUUCCCCAUGGGCCUUCGGGGGAGAAGGUGGCAGUGGUGACUGUGGAUGACUGUGACACAGCAGUGGCCGUACGCUUCGGAAGCCUCAUUGGAAACUACACCUGUGCUGCCCAGGGGACUCAGACUGGCUCAAAGAAAUCGUUGGACCUGACUGGCCCUCUGCUGCUCGGCGGCGUCCCAAACUUGCCAGAAGAUUUCCCAGUGCACAACAGGCAGUUCGUCGGCUGCAUGAGGAACCUCUCCAUCGACAGCAAGCCAAUUGACAUGGCUAGUUUCAUUGCCAAUAAUGGCACGCUGCCAGGCUGUGCAGCACAGAGGAACUAUUGCGAAGCCAACUGGUGCCAGAACGGAGGCACAUGUGUCAACAAGUGGAGCACCUACAUCUGUGAGUGCCCCGUGCAGUAUGGAGGGAAGAACUGCGAGCAAGUAAUGCCUUCUCCUCAGCGUUUCAGUGGUGAGAGCAUUAUCAUUUGGAGUGAACUUGAUAUUACCAUCUCUGUGCCAUGGUACAUUGGGCUGAUGUUCAGAACACGGAAAGUCAAUGGCAUGCUGAUGCAAGCAAAUGCAGGAACUGCAUCCAAGAUCAACAUUCAGAUACUGAACAACUACGUGCAGUUUGAAGUAUACAGUGGCAUGACCCAGGUUGCCAGUUUGAAGAUGACCCAAUCACGAGUCAGUGAUGGGGAAUGGCAUCAUUUAUUGAUAGAGCUAAAGAGUGCUAAAGAUGGAAAAGACAUCAAGUACCUAGCUGUCAUGUCCUUGGACUAUGGGAUGUACCAGAGCACUGUGCAGAUUGGAAAUCAACUACCUGGACUGAAAAUGAAAAGCAUCAUUGUGGGAGGUGUCUCUGGAGACCAAGUCUCUGUUCAGCAGGGAUUUUAUGGCUGUAUGCAGGGAGUAAGAAUGGGAGAGACAUCUACAAAUAUAGCUACAUUAAACAUGAAACAGGCUAUCAAGAUCAAUGUGAAGGAAGGUUGUGAAGUGGAUAACCCCUGUGACUCCAACCCAUGUCCUCAGCACAGCUACUGCAGUGAUGACUGGGACAGCUACUCCUGUGUGUGCGACCCAGGGUACUUUGGAAGAGACUGUGUUGAUGUAUGUAACCUGAACCCGUGUGAGCAUGUCUCCACGUGCGUGCAUAAACCUAGCUCAUCCCAUGGAUACACCUGUGAAUGUGGACAGAGCUACUAUGGGCAGUACUGUGAGAGCAAGAUUGACUUGCCUUGUCCCAGAGGUUGGUGGGGAAAUCCCAUCUGUGGUCCUUGUAAUUGCGAGACUAGCAAAGGGUUUGAUCCAGACUGCAAUAAGACCAAUGGAGAAUGCCACUGUAAGGCCAAUUACUACCGGCCUCAGAGCAGUGACACCUGCUACCCCUGUGACUGCUUCCCCUCCGGCUCCCACACGCGCUCCUGUGACAUGGAGACAGGACAGUGUCCCUGCAAGCCUGGUGUCAUCGGGCGGCAGUGCAACCGCUGCGACAACCCCUUCGCUGAGGUCACCGCCAGGGGCUGCGAAGUAAUUUAUAACGGGUGUCCCAAAGCUUUUGAGGCUGGCAUUUGGUGGCCGCAGACCAAGUUUGGCCAGCCAGCUGCUGUGCCGUGUCCAAAGGGAUCCGUGGGAAAUGCAGUUCGCCAUUGUAACAUUGAGAAGGGCUGGCUGCCUCCUGAGCUUUUCAACUGUACCACCAACACUUUCGUGGAUCUAAAAGUCAUGAAUGAGAAGUUACACCGCAAUGAGACCAUACUGGAUGGAGACAAAACCAUACAGAUUGUGAGAGUGCUACAAAACGCCACCAAAUACACACACAGCUUGUAUGGCAAUGAUGUGAGGACAGCUUACCAGAUGAUGAUCCGGGUCCUACGGUAUGAAAGCCAGCAGCAAGGGUUUGACCUGGCAGCAACAAGGGACGUGGAGUUCAAUGAGAAUAUUAUCAAAGUGGGUAGUGCCCUGUUGGAUCCCAACAACAAGGAGCAGUGGGAACAGAUUCAGCGAACGGAGGGUGGCACAGCUCAUCUCCUAAGGCACUAUGAGGAUUAUUUCAACAACGUGGCCCAGAACAUGAAGAAAACCUACAUGAGGCCUUUUGUCAUUGUUGCUGCUAACAUGAUUAUUGCUGUUGACAUCUUUGACAAGUCUAAUUUUACGGGAGCUAGAAUACCACGAUUUCAUGAGAUUAAGGAGGAUUAUCCGAAAGAUUUGGAAACAUCUGUUAUCUUCCCGGAUACUCUGUUCAGACCUUCAGACAGGAAAGCAGUACCUACAAUGAGGCCUUCAAAUCAAAAAUUAUCCUCUAAGGUGAACAGUGAUGCACGAAGCCCUGAGAGUAUAUUUACAAAGAGAAGAAAGCGGCACCCUGAUGACUCUACCCAUCAUACUGUUGCCAUGGUCAUUAUAUACCGGUCCCUAGGACAUCUCCUGCCCGAAAACUAUGAUCCUGACCGAAGGAGCCUGAGGUUACCAAAUCGCCCAAUUAUUAAUACACCUGUGGUGAGCACAGCCAUUCACAGUGACGGGGAGCUUCCUCCCAACCUGGUGGAAAAGCCCAUCAUAGUGGAGUAUGCCAUGCUGGAAACAGAGGAAAGAACAAAGCCUGUCUGUGUCUUCUGGAAUCACUCCAUCAUGAUUGGCGGAACAGGUGCCUGGUCUUCCAGAGGAUGUGAGCUGUAUUCCAGAAACCAGAGCCAUAUUGCCUGCCAGUGCAACCAUUUGACCAGCUUUGCUGUCCUGAUGGACAUUUCAAAACGGGAGAAUGGGGAUGUUCUUCCUCUGAAGAUUGUCACUUACACAACUGUUUCCAUCUCACUGGUGGCUUUGCUGAUUACUUUCAUCCUGCUGGUUCUGAUCCGCACACUGCGGUCCAACUUGCACAGCAUCCACAAGAACCUGGUUUCUGCCCUUUUCUUCUCCGAGCUUGUCUUCCUCAUUGGAAUCAACCAAACCGAAAACCCGUUUGUAUGUACAGUGAUUGCCAUCCUUCUGCACUACUUCUACAUGAGUACCUUUGCAUGGAUGUUCGUGGAGCAGCUCCACAUCUACCGGAUGCUGACUGAAGUGAGGAACAUCAACUUUGGGCACAUGAGGUUCUACUACGUCGUUGGCUGGGGCAUUCCUGCCAUUAUCACAGGGCUUGCUGUUGGGCUGGAUCCGCAAGGCUAUGGGAACCCUGAUUUCUGCUGGUUGUCUGUUCACGACACCCUUAUCUGGAGUUUUGCUGGGCCCAUUGUAAUUGUUGUAGUGAUAAACACUGUCAUCUUUAUACUAGCAAUGAAAGCAUCAUGCAGACGAAGACAACGUUCGUUUGAAAAAACUGGAGUCAUCUCGGUGCUGCGGACGGCGUUCCUGCUCCUUCUGCUCAUCAGUGCCACGUGGCUGCUGGGGCUGAUGGCAGUGAACAGCGACGUCAUGACUUUUCAUUAUCUCUUUGCCAUUUUCAGCUGCUUGCAGGGGCUGUUCAUUUUCUUCUUUCACUGCGUAUUUAACAAGGAAGUCAGGAAGCACUUGAAGAAUACUUUAACUGGAAAGAAACCUCUUCCAGACGAUUCCACUGCAACAAGAGCUACAUUAUUAACUCGAUCUCUGAACUGUAACAACACAUACAUAGAAGAGCCAAAUAUGUACCGCACAACCAUUGGGGAAUCCACUGUCUCCCUAGAGAGCACCGUCAGGUCAGCCAAGAGCCACAAUAGCUACCUUGCUUAUAUCCUCAGGGAUGAUGCCGCUCAUAAGCUCAGUGGAUCCUCAAGUCAAGCAAGGGCUGGUCAGACUGAAGCAGAUUCCUCCAUUUUUCACAGGAAUCCAUCUAAGUCUAAUGAUCAUGACUCAGACUCUGACAGCGAACUGUCCCUUGAUGAGCACAGCAGCUCUUAUGCCUCCUCCCAUUCAUCAGACAGUGAAGAAGACGGACUUGAGCCAGAGAAAAAGUGGAACACAUCCACUGCCAAAAACAAUGAGCGUGGCCCUCUCCACAGCACACCUAAAGUUGAUACCCUUCCCAAUCAUGUGAAACCCUAUUGGCCCACAGAGUGCAUAACGGCCAGCGACAGCGAGGACCCCAGCGGGAAACAGAAACUCAAAGUUGAGACCAAGGUCAACGUUGAGCUUCACAGGGAAAAUCAGGUGAACCACAGCAAUGAAGCACCACAGGACAAAGAGAAUGAUGGGCAGCAGAAGGAGAACAGACCUCUGUCCCACCAGAACAACCAGCAGCCGGAGCAGAGGAAAGGCAUCUUAAAAAAUAAAGUCACCUACCCUCCCCCACUGAUUGACAAGAAUAUGAAGAAUCGGCUGCGAGAAAAGCUGUCAGAUUACAAUCAGACCACGAUCUCAUCGAGGACUACUUCCCUUGGGACUAACGAUGGGGUCCGCUCUCCUUCAGACUCGGGGGUGACAGUAAAUGCUCGGAGGGAGCAGUCUCGAGACCAGCUCAAUGGCAUGGCCAUGAACGUCCAUGUGGGAACAGGACAUGCUGAGACAUCAGACUCAGAGGAGCUGUGAUCGUGGUUCUGGACUCCUCGCUGUGGGGCUGAGCCUCCGACUUCGCCGGGAUCACUGCGUAGCCAGAGGACGAGGGUGGUGGUGCCCUGGCAGAGCACCGGUGCUCGCAUUGGGAACACGGUGCCGGCUCCACCCGCCGUGGGGCUGCUCUGGGGUAACGCUGCCUGCAACGUCAACCCGUGCCAAAAUGCAUGGAACGGCCGCAGGGCUGCCCGGAAGGGCUGGGUACCUCCUCACAGUGUGGACAGUGCUGCAGGGGCUGUAUAUCUGCUGGGGAGAAGCGAGGGAAAACAAGCUACCGCCACAGUCCUACAGCGAGUCAGCCCGCCGGCCUCCAGGCAGGCACCCCCAGGUGGCUCUCAUCAACUUUUCUCCGGCCGCAGUGUGACCCAUCAACCUGCUGCACUCUGCGGAGGAAUGUCCCAACAAGUGUCCUUUAGUUUCUAUGCCAGCAUCUCCGAUGGACGUGUCGUCUCCAGAAAAAAAAAACCCACACCCUUUAUAUAUAUAUACAUAUAUAUAUAUAUAAAGUGUAGAUACUUUUAUAUAUUUUGUAUGGUGAUGCGAAAGAAAAAGCUCUUUUGUAUAUUUUACAUUUAUACUGAUCUUCUUAAUUUGAUAACGGGAAAUCAGUUAAAAGAGUUUUGAUAUUUUUUAUAUAAACAUUGCACAGUUUUACUUGAAUUCGGCGUUCAAUAAAGUAACAGAGGUUUGCAUGGAAACCAGCCUGCCAUGCAAUGCAGAGUAACACAGUACAUCCAUGCAUACAGUAGGUUUUGUUGACAGGUUUUGGAGCACUAAGGACACAGCAUCUUUCUUUGUAACCUCUUCUACAAGUGACAAAAUACGCUUUGUGUUUUUUCCACUUUUUGGUGUUUUCGCCUUUUCUCUCGGUGCACUGAAAUGUUCAGAAACUGCACUUCAGGACUAAAAAUAAGUUGUCUUAAGGUUUCAACACCGUCUUUGUGUGGCAGAACUCAAAUCAGCAUUGCCGUUAGCAAGAAUAAGAAAGCAAGUGGUGUAAGUGAGAGGGGUUGCUCUGACUCUGCUGGUGUGGCUCAGGGACCUCAGGGAAAGGGUCCCCCUCCCAGGUUCUGUAUGAGGGGCGUUCUGCAUUGCAGCCAUGGCGCUGAUAAUUCCUGUCCCCCUGCAGUCAGCAGCUGAUCGGAGCAGAAACACAGGGCUGGAAGGAUGGCCAGGCUUCACUUCCCAGCUGCUGGGCACAUCCCUGCUUUCCCCCGUGUGUCCAAAGGCGCGUGGAAGGAUUAAGGUUCUGUGGGCAAUGGUACGGCUGUGAGCUGCUGCCUGCCACCAGGGCUCCUGGGGCUCCUCACAUCCCAUGCAGCCCUGUGGGAACGCAUCAGCUUUCCUUUGCACCAGUGGGAAAGGGGAGAUGCAGAAAAUCUCUAAAUAGAAUGUGGAAAUGCAGGGGAAAGGAAAGAGAAAUAAAGUAUGUGUCGGUCUCAGUUUUGGUAUAUUCCUGUGCAUUUUUGAAUGCAUUUUGGAGGCUGUUGGAAGGGGAGGAAGGGUAUUCUUCCUCUACAAGUGAUGCAGUGUGCUGUGUGAAAUUCUCUGGCUGAGAAAAACCAUUCUGAAUGUUUCGGGUGUCUGACACUUGGCCAUGUGCUCAGGCACUGUGCAGAGCCUGUGGGAGUUGUUUCACAUCUGUGUAUGUAUAUUUUGUCCCAGUGAGAUGUAGGUAGUCUUAUUUUGAUCAGAACUGUUGCAGUAAAGGAGGGUCAGUUGUAUUAAUGACAAAAAAAAAUAAUUAAAACCUAUUUUUAUGACUUUUUAAAAGCUUUAUGGCAGAUUAGACACUGGAGGUUGUUUGUUGUUUUUUUUUUUUAACAAAUGUAUAUUUAUUAAUGUGCAGAACACUGGAAUUGCAGCAGAGAUGAAAGGAGAAUUUACAAUAAAUUAAGAUUUUUUUUGGA